UUCUCCAGCUUUAUAUAUUUCCGAUCUCCGAGAGGCCAAAUUCCGCAGCUCUCUCGCCGGACUCCGUGUUCCUAUCAUUUGUUAAUUCCUCCAUUUCUUGAGAAAAUUAGGGAAUUAUUUUCUGUUUUCGCUUCUGGAUUCUCAUUUUCCAUUGCUUUAGUCAGUCAUCAUGGCUCUUCAACAGAACUUUGGUGCGGUGCAUGUUGAAUCUGAGGGCCAUGUCCCACAUAAACAAAAAGGGGAUUCAAUGGCACAGCCAGCUACAGUGCCUGAAAAUUUGAAUGGAUGCUUUGAUUGCAACAUUUGUUUAGAUUCAUGUCAUGAACCCGUGGUAACCCUCUGUGGUCACCUGUACUGUUGGCCAUGCAUUUACAAGUGGCUCCAUGUUCAGAGCUCCUCUUUUGAGUCAGAUCAACGUCCUGAAUGUCCUGUUUGUAAGGCUUACAUCUCUACUUCCUCACUGGUUCCCCUCUAUGGCCGAGGUAAAUCACCAUCCGAGUCUGAAGCCAAGAAACCCCAAUUGGAUUUGACCAUACCCCACCGGCCACCGGCACUUGGGAUGAAUGCCCUGCUUGCUGCUGCUGCAAGUUCAAUUUCUUCUAAUUCAAAUCAGCAAAAUAAUCCGAACCCAUUUCUGCCGGAAAACCCUGCAUUUCAUCAACAGCGAUACUUUCCCCAUCCAUUCAGCAGUUAUACUUCAAUCGCACCUCCAAUACUUGGAAGCCCGACAACAACCAGGUUAUUUAAUCCUACAAUUAACAUGGUUGGUGAAAUGGUAUUUGCUGGAAUAUUUGGGAGCUCGGAAACAAACUUGUUUGCUCAUCCAUCUUCAAAUUCGCACCCUUUCCCAGAAAAUGGUAGCCCAAGGGUAAGAAGGCAAGAAAUUCAAUUAGACAAGUCACUUAACAGAGUAUCCAUCUUUCUUUUCUGCUGCCUUGCUCUGUGCCUUCUCCUGUUUUGAGUUUUCUUUUCAUUCUUGUAUAGCUCUGUAUAGAUCGACCAUCAUGCUGGAUUGCAGUUGAGGAUAGAGUAUAUGUAUGUAGUUUUGCUAGAGCUUAGCAUGAAACCCUUGCUGUGAGGAAUGAGAUUUUCCUCCUGUACAUACAUACUUCAGUAGUACAACAAGGGUAUUGGCACGGCUUGUUGUGUCUCUUUGGUUUGACAUACUUCAGUAGUACAACAAGGGUAUUGGAAUUGCUUGUUGUGUGUCUCUUUGGUUUGAUUGGGAGUUGCCUGAACAGCAUUGUCCGCACCCACACCUCUACUUUUGUUGGAUCUGUUUCUGUAUCAUGAAGAUGCUUGAAUUAUCAAAUCUUUGUCAUAGUUGUGCUUUGGUCUCUUCCCCUUUUCUUGAUCUACUUUCCAUGUCGUUGAAUCAGCAAUCCAUGCUUUACUUUACGGAAGACCCUUGUAAUAUUUUCUCACCAACCAUCUAUUCAUCAUCUUUCUUGUGGCU